CCCGGAAAAAGGAUCGGGGAAACUGCAAUAGGCACAUUGCGCUUGCGCAAGGGGGGGCAGGAAGUCAAGGCGGAGGCGGCGGUGAUUCUACUUCCGUUUCUAGUUUUGCUCCAGUGUUUGGGUUUUCUUCGCGGCCGCCCAAGAUGAACCGAUUCUUCGGAAAAGCGAAACCCAAGGCUCCGCCGCCCAGCCUGACUGACUGCAUUGGCACGGUGGACAGCAGGGCAGAAUCUAUUGACAAGAAGAUUUCUCGACUGGAUGCUGAGCUAGUGAAGUAUAAGGAUCAGAUCAAGAAGAUGAGAGAGGGUCCUGCCAAGAAUAUGGUCAAACAGAAAGCCUUGAGGGUUUUAAAGCAAAAGCGGAUGUAUGAGCAGCAGCGGGACAAUCUCGCCCAACAGUCAUUUAACAUGGAACAAGCCAAUUACACCAUCCAGUCAUUGAAGGACACCAAGACCACGGUUGAUGCUAUGAAACUGGGAGUAAAGGAAAUGAAGAAAGCAUACAAGCAAGUGAAAAUUGACCAGAUUGAGGAUUUACAAGACCAGCUAGAAGAUAUGAUGGAAGAUGCCAGUGAAAUCCAAGAAGCACUGAGCCGUAGUUAUGGCACCCCAGAAUUAGACGAAGAUGACCUGGAAGCAGAGUUGGAUGCACUGGGUGACGAGCUUCUGGCUGAUGAAGACAGUUCUUACUUGGAUGAAGCGGCAUCUGCACCUGCAAUUCCAGAAGGCGUUCCCACUGACACAAAGAAUAAGGAUGGAGUCCUGGUGGAUGAAUUUGGAUUACCACAGAUCCCUGCUUCAUAGACUUGCAUCAUUCAAAUACAUCGUGUAAAAUAAACACAUAUUGUGGGGCUAGGAAAUAUUUAUCUUUCCGAAUUUACCAUAACAGAUUUAUGUUUCUUUCCUUUCUUUGAAGGAAAGGUUAAUUAUAGUGCUCUUUUAUUUUUUUUCCGUUAAGAGACUCAUUGUUUGGGGGAUGCUUUCUUCAUACUAAAUUUUUAUGUCUUUUUUCUUAAGACUAAUGUACUUAAAAGUAUCAGUGGCUAUGUAUGACUUGUUUUCAUUUAUUAAUAAUAAUUUGAAAUAAAACCAAGGAAGUGGAAUCUUUACAUUCUAAGAUAGUGUUAACUCCACAAUCUCAAAUUGAUAAAUUGAUAAGACAAAGAUGAGAUUAUUGGGACUGCUUAUACUAUGAUUCAAAACCAUUUUCUAUUGUGGUAUUAUAGGUUGGUUAAAGUGGUAGCCUUUUUGAUGGGUUUUAUUGUGUCUUGUGAGUAAUUCAUUACCAUGUCUGAUAUUGGAAUGGAAUUAUCACUACUAUAUCAUGAGUGGAUAUUUUGAUUCUGUGGUUCCCUCAGUAUUACAGCCUGACUUGUAAUCGAUAAUGAAUAUUUCUUGAUA